AUGAAACUCUACUGCCACGAAGGAGAUAACAAUAAUAGGACACGUCUACCUAAAUUAGAACUCGGCAAAUAUAAUGGUGAUGUCCUAAAGUGGAAUACAUUCUGGGACAAGUUUGCAGCCAAUGUCGACAAUAAGGAUAUUGCCAAUGUGGAGAAGCUCUCAUACCUGCUAGCAUCUUUGGAGGGACCAGCCCUUCAAGCAGUUGAGGGUUUGGAGACUACAAACUUAAAUUAUCCAAUUGCGGUCGAUAUCCUCAGUAGCCGUUUCGGUAAGCCUUCAAAGGUCAUUGACGCUCACAACGAGGCUUUGCAAAAACUUACGGUAGCAAAGGAUUUACCUGAAGAUUGUAGAUGCACUCUGAACGCCAUAGAGAAGCACCUGAGGGUAUUGGAGGCUCUAGGGGAGAAAGUUGAUGCUAACAGCUGUAACCCAAGUAAGGACAGCGGAGGGGAGAAGUCUACACAUUAG